AUGGACGAACAGUUUGCAAAACUAAUAAAAGCAGGCAAAAACACUCUCGAUGGUCUAAUUCAAUGGAUGAAAGAUGCUAAAAUCAUUGACGGAAUCAAAGUGACGGAGCAGAAAGCGCGUGAAGUGUUCUCCGAGACCACCGAUCCCAAGAACGUCAACUUGGACAAGUUCAAAGAGGCCUUGACUAAGCUGGCUGCGGAUCAAAAGAAGAGUGUGGAGGAGUUCUCUAAGACUUUAGCAGAUGAAGCACCCAAAUUUAUAGAUGCACUGACGGCUAGAGCUAGCACUUUAAAAGACGCAAUAUCGAAAAAGUGA